GUUAAGAAACCUGUUACCAAAUGUAAAAUUUCGCCUAAACUGCAAGGAAAGCCUUGGUCUUGGGUAAUUGCUGCUUUAGAAUAUUGUGGCUCUUUUCCCCUCCCCACCAGGUGUUUUUUCAUUGCUCAGUCCUAUGUGCUGGUGAAGAAGUGGAGCGAAGCCCUUGUCCUGUAUGAUAGAGUCCUGAAAUAUGCAAACGAAGUAAAUUCUGAUGCUGGCGCCUUCAAGAACAGCCUAAAGGACCUACCUGACGUGCAAGAGCUCAUCACUCAAGUGCGGUCGGAGAAGUGCUCCCUGCAGGCCGCAGCCAUCCUUGAUGGAAACGACGCUCAUCAGACAGAGACCUCCUCUUCCCAAGUCAAGGACAAUAAGCCUCUGGUUGAACGGUUUGAGACAUUCUGCCUGGACCCUUCCCUUGUCACCAAGCAAGCCAACCUUGUGCACUUCCCACCAGGCUUCCAGCCCAUCCCUUGCAAGCCUUUGUUCUUUGACCUGGCCCUCAACCAUGUGGCUUUCCCACCCCUUGAGGACAAGUUGGAACAGAAGACCAAGAGUGGCCUCACUGGAUACAUCAAGGGCAUCUUUGGAUUCAGGAGCUAACCAGGCUCUUCCUCAGGGGUGGGGGAGAUUCUGACUCUUAAUCUGUAUUGUGAGAAAAUCCCAGCAAGUUCCAUGAUAUUAAAUCCAGGUCUGCGUUGGCCCGGGGCAAGAGUUUAACAUCUUCGGCCCUGCAUUCCUACACCUUGUGUUUGUACACAUUUUUAAGCAGUGUGUUAGGAGAGCACCCUGUCGUCUUCUGGUAAAUGUGUGCGGGGUCAUCCUGUCUCCUGUGCCUCCUGGGAGAGGGGCCGCUGCUGUCUGGUGCCCUGUGAGCUGUGGUUGCCUUUGGUCAGUGAUGCGUUCAGGAGGCCGCACCAGACACAGAUGGGGCCUUGAAACGCUUUGUCAUGCUUCUUCAGUACCAUGGAUUUGAAAUGAACUCAUCCUUGCUGUGAGCAUCCAGGAUCCUUUGAAAAGUUUAUCUAUGACUAUGAAACUGGCAACGUCACCCCAGAAUUACGGUCAGCCUUAUUCCCCUUCACCUCCCAGUGAAGGCUAAGAAGUUUCAGACAAGCAGAGAGCUCUAUUUUUAGAAGAAAUAUGUUACACUCAGAAAUGAUGAAACCAAAUCUUAUAUUAAAAGGCAAAGAUGAUGGAGA